AUGGGGCGUACACCAACGUCCAGCUUCUCAUGCAAGCUUGUGCUUACUUUGGACUGUACCCUCCUCAUCCUCUGGGGGAGGUAGAGGGGGGGGCGGGGCGCAUGGCCUCUAUUUUUCAGGGGGGGUUCGGGUACGGGUUGGGGGUCUGGUCUAUGUGUACUGCAUUCUCGAAUUGUCCCCUCACUAUGGCCACUGUGGAUUUUCAGUAUACAGCUAUCCUCACUCAACGCGUCUAUGUGUCCGGCAAUCCCCAAUACAAAUCAACCUGUGAGGUUUCAGUAUGCACCUUUUCUUCACUCAAUGCGUCUAUGUGUCCGGCAGUCGCAAACGUCACUCAACCCAUUAUGUCUCAAGAUCC